AAUAGUGCUAUAUAUUGUGUUGUGUAUAAAUCAAUUGGGUUUAUUUGGUGUUGCGUUAUUAGGAGAACUGUGAAGAUAACCUACAGGUCUAAAGAAAAAGGUAUGAAUAGACUUGGUUGUAUGGUUGGUUUAAUUACAAAUACACUUCGACAAUCAAUUUUCACUCACAGUGGUAUACUUUCUCGGGUAAAUCCAAGCUUAGAACGAUGUAACUUAUUGAACCCUAUGAAUAGCCUUCAGAUUCGAGGAGCUAAAUAUGGCAUGGAGUAUCAACCUAAUAACUUACAACGAAAACGUAAACAUGGCUUUUUGAAAAGAAACAGAACUCCUUCUGGUCGAAAAAUUUUAGAAAGACGUAGAGCAAAAGGACGAAAGUUUUUGUCGCAUUAGAAGCUGUAGUAUAUGAUGUAAAUUAGAUAUAUUUUAUUGA